UAAGUCUUCAGUCUCUCCGUCACCACCAGUCUCCUGCAUUAGGGUUUACUCCGCAGCUGAGUCGAUACGCACAGCAAGAGAGGGAAUACAGCUAUGGCAGCCCCCGCAGAAUCGGUGCAAUGUUUUGGAAGGAAGAAGACGGCGGUGGCGGUCACCCACUGCAAGCGUGGAAGGGGCUUGAUCAAGAUUAACGGCUCCCCUAUCGAGCUGGUUGAGCCCGAGGUCCUCCGCUUCAAGGCCUAUGAGCCCAUCCUCCUCCUCGGGCGCCACCGCUUCGCAGGUGUCGACAUGCGCAUCCGUGUAAACGGUGGAGGGCAAACGUCCCAGAUCUACGCCAUUCGUCAGAGCAUUGCCAGGGCACUGGUCGCCUACUAUCAGAAGUACGUAGACGAGCAGAGCAAGAAGGAGAUAAGGGACAUCCUUUACAGGUAUGACAGAACCCUGCUGGCCUCGGACCCCAGGCGCUGUGAGCCCAAGAAGUUUGGUGGGCGUGGUGCUCGUGCAAGGUUCCAGAAGAGUUACCGUUGAAGAGGAAUCUUCAUGUUUGUGCUUAUGUUGUGGCUCACUUGAGGUUCUGGGUUUUGCAUUGGUAAUUGAGACUUACAAUGUUAUGUUAUUUUGGUGGUUUAAUUAGUCUUUUUGAUCUAGUAAUCUGAUUUUGUUUUUCGGAGACAAUAGAGGUAUGUUAUUGGUUUAAAGUUAAUAUUACGAGUGCAUGAUUUUACA